AUGGCUUCACAAUUCCAUCAACUACGGAUUCUGGUGUGGAAGAAUUGGCUAGGUGUCAAAAGGCAGCCGCUUUGGUCGCUUGUCCUGAUUUUAUGGCCCGUCAUUAUUUUCAUAAUUCUGGCUAUUACCCGGACAAAAUUUCCUCCAAUAGCAAAACCGACCUGUUACCUUGCACCGCGAAACCUUCCUAGCACUGGCUUUUUCCCAUUUCUGCAAACCCUACUCUGUGAUACAGAUACCAAAUGCAAGGAUACUCCCUAUGGACCACAAGAUCUACUCCGAAGAAAAGGAAUUGAUAUCACCUUUUUUAAAGAAAGUGAAAUUCAGAGAAAGUCAUCCAGCCUGGGAAAGGACAGUCAUUCAUCACCUCGGAGUGCUAAAUUUCCAGAAAGAAGGAAUACAUCACUGGUCUUUUCCAGCUCAAAACCUGAUGCAGAAAGCACUGUAACAGAUACCAUCCCAGCAUUCAACAGCAGUCAGGUGCUCGCAUGGAUUCUAGAUUUGGAAAAGCAAAAUUCAACUUCAGAAAGCCUAAGAAGAGAAAUCUGUGAGAGCCAUCCAUCAUAUACAGCAGAUAAAACUUUCUCAUGGAACACUCUAGGGAAAAAUAUUUUCAACCACUUUUGUAUUUCCAACAUAACCCUCUUAGAGUCAUCCAUUCAAGAACUAAAAAACCAGUUCUCUCAGAUCUCAAAUGACCCCAACAAACAGAUGAUAGUCUUCCAAGAAUCAGCCAAAGUGCUGUCAUUCUUUUCACAACUACAGGAUCAAACUGCUUUGUGGCAGUUCCUCUCAAGCAUCCCCAAUUUGUUUCAAGAUGACACAAAACUAAAGGAGUUAUUGGAUAUUCUCCAUAAGGCAAACAGUGCUCUGUUGGUAGUGCAGAAGGUUUCUCCACGUGUCACGAAUAACGAAGGAUUCAGGACCAUCCAGAGGUCUGUUAAGCAUCUGCUCUUCACUCUGGACUCUUCAGACCAAGAUGGACUGGGCAAUACAACAUCUCAUUGGAAGGAGGAUGAUGAAGAGAAGCUAUCCCCAAGCAGUCUGGCUGCCCAGCUCCUUGUUCUGGAAAAUUUUGAAGACGCCCUUUUAAACAUUUCUGCUGAGAGUCCUUAUUUGCCUUACUUGAUCUGCGUGAGAAAUGUAACUGACAAUUUAGCCAACGGGUCACCAGAAAAUCUAAAACUUCUACAGUCCACCAUUCGGCUGAAAAAAUCUUUUCAUCGAAAUGGCUCUUAUGAGGACUACUUGCCUCCAGUUUCAGAAAUCAUAAGAUCAAAACUGUUGCAACUCCGAAAUGUGACCAAACUUCUUUGUGAAUCUGAGACCUCCAGUUGGAUAGAAGAAACCUGCCAGUUUUCCAACAUUAGCUUUGGAAAGCUAUGCGAAGGAAGCCGCUUCCACAUGCAACUCCUUGAAGCAGCUGAGCUUGGCACAGAAAUUGCAGCAGGCUUACUGAACCGUGACACUAUCAUAUCUCAGAAGCUAACGGAUUUGCUUACCGGGGAUCCAAACAAAAUUAAUUUAAAUAUGGAUCAGUUCCUAGAACAGGCAUUGCAAAUGAAUUACUUGGAAAAUAUCACACAGUUAAUACCAGUCAUAGAAUCCUUGCUGCAUGUCAAUAACAGCGCAACUGCUUCUGAAAAACCAGGUCAAUUAAUAGAUAUGUUUAAAAAUAUUGACCAGCUUAAAGUAGAACUCCAGAGAACCACAGGAAUAUCCAAUGCAAGUAUUGAUACUUUGUUGGCAAUGCCCAUCCCUGAAAACAGAACUGAGAUCAUUUCUCAUAUAUUCUGGCUGUAUUCUUGUGAUUCUAAUGUCACCAAUGUGAAAUUGGAAGCUGAAAUGAUGGAAUUCUGCAACCUAUCUAUUCCAGAGAGGUCCCGCCUGUCUUAUCUCACAGGAAUUACCCUUCUGCAUUACCUGGACAUUUAUAACUUUACCUACAAGGUAUUAUUCCCUAGGGAAGAUCAAGAACCGGUAGAAAGGAUGAUAGAACUCUUCAUAAAACUGAAAGGUUUUCUCAAUCAGAUGGUUUCUGGCGCAGGUCCACUGCUCGACAAAAUGAGGUCACUGAAAAAAAUACACCUGUCUCGAAGUGUACCAUUAUCACAGGCAAUAUACAGAAACCGCCAUGUUAAAGUCCCUGAAGGAUCAUUUAGCACCAUCUCCCAAGCUCUGUGCUCUCAAGGAAUCACCACUGACUACUUAACAGCCAUGUUGCCCUCUUCACAGAAGUCCAAAGUGGGCAACCAUACCAAAGAUCCUUUGACCUACAACCUGAGUAAAAAACAAAUUGCUUUAAAAUAUGGGAUUCCCAUGAAUUCAACACCAUUUUGCUUCUCCCUUUAUAAAGACAUCGUUAACAUGCCUGCUGGACCUGUAAUUUGGGCUUUCUUAAAACCAUUGUUAUUGGGAAAGAUUAUGUAUGCACCAUAUACUCCAAUCACAAAGGCGAUUAUGGAAAAGUCUAAUGCAACUCUGAGACAACUGGCAGAACUGAGAGAAAAAUCUCAAGAGUGGAUAGAUAAAUCACCAUUGUUCAUGAAUUCGUUCCAUCUGUUAAACCAAACAAUUCCAAUGCUCCAGAAUACUCUGAGGAACCCCUUUGUGCAAGUUUUUAUAAAAUUCUCUGUGGGACUUGAUGCUGUUGAACUCCUGAAACAGAUAAAUGAGCUUGAUAUUCUAAGGCUAAGAUUACAGAACAAUAUCGGCCUCAUUGAUCAGCUUAAUACACUGUCUUCCCUGACAGUCAACAUAUCCUCCUGUGUAUUAUAUGAUCGCAUUCAACCAGCGAAAACUAUAGCUGAAAUGGAGAUGGAAGCUCAAAAGCUAUACAAGAACAAUGAACUCUUUGGAAGUGUUAUUUUCAAACUUCCUUCUAACAGAAGCAGGCAGGGAAUAGACCAUCUUGAUGAUAGACUCCUCCCUCCACUGAUAGAAUACACUAUCCGAAUGAGCCUCAAGACAGCACAGACAACCAACAACCUCCGGAACAAACUCUGGGCUCCCGGUCCACAUAAUUCUCCAUCACAAAACCAGAUCUAUGGCAGAGCAUUUAUCUACUUACAGGAUAGCAUUGAAAGAGCUAUAAUUGAAUUGCAGACUGGGAGGAAUUCACAGGAAAUAGCAGUUCAAGUUCAAGCAAUCCCCUACCCCUGUUUCAUGAAGGACAACUUCUUAACCAGUGUUUCCUAUUCGCUUCCUAUCGUGCUUAUGGUAGCCUGGGUUGUAUUUAUAGCUGCCUUUGUGAAAAAACUUGUUUAUGAGAAAGACCUGCGGCUCCAUGAGUACAUGAAGAUGAUGGGUGUGAAUUCCUGUAGCCAUUUUUUUGCCUGGCUCUUGGAGAGCAUUGGAUUUUUGCUGGUUACCAUCAUCAUUCUUAUUAGUAUACUUAAAUUUGGCAAUAUUCUCCCUAAAACAAAUGGAUUCAUCUUGUUCCUGUAUUUUUCGGACUAUAGCUUCUCUGUUAUUGCCAUGAGCUACCUUAUCAGUGUCUUCUUCAACAGCACUAAUAUCGCUGCCCUGAUCGGGAGUCUCAUCUACAUCAUUGCCUUUUUCCCCUUCAUUGUUCUAAUUACAGUUGAAAGUGAAUUGAGCUUUAUAGUCAAGACAUUCAUGAGCCUCCUGUCCCCCACAGCAUUCAGUUAUGCAAGUCAGUACAUUGCCCAAUAUGAGGAGCAGGGAAUUGGUCUUCAAUGGGAUAAUAUGUACAGUUCUCCCGUCCAUGAUGACACCACUUCAUUUGGCUGGUUGUGUUGUCUAAUUCUUGUCGAUUCUGUCAUUUACCUCCUUAUUGCGUGGUAUGUUAGGAAUGUUUUCCCAGGGACCUAUGGUGUGGCUUCUCCAUGGUAUUUCCCAGUUCUUCCUUCCUAUUGGAAGGAACGCUUUGGAUGUGCAGAUGUAAAGCUGGAAAAAAGCGAUGGCUUUGUAUUUACCAAUAUCAUGAUGCAGACUACCAGCAUAUCUGGCAGUCCUGAGUACAUCUUUUCUUCUAACCUGGAGCCUGAACCAAAAGAUCUCACAGUUGGAGUUGCUCUCCAUGGCCUUACCAAGAUGUAUGGAUCUAAAGUUGCAGUGGAUAAUCUUAAUCUGAAUUUUUAUGAAGGACAUAUCACUUCAUUGCUGGGACCUAAUGGAGCUGGAAAAACUACUACCAUUUCCAUGUUGACUGGGUUAUUUGGUGCCACAACAGGCACUAUAUUUAUUUAUGGAAAGGACACUAGAACUGAUCUGGACCUGAUCCGAAAGAACAUGGGUGUCUGCAUGCAGCAUGAUGUCCUGUUCAGUUAUCUCACAACCAAGGAGCACCUUCUUCUCUAUGGCUCCAUCAAAGUCCCUCACUGGAAUAAAAAGCAACUACAUGAGGAAGUAAAAAGGACUUUAAAAGAUACUGGUCUGUAUAGUCAUCGGCACAAGAGAGUUGGAACAUUAUCUGGAGGAAUGAAGAGAAAGUUGUCCAUUUCCAUUGCCCUUAUUGGUGGAUCAAGGGUUGUAAUUUUAGAUGAGCCAUCCACUGGGGUGGACCCUUGUUCUCGUCGUAGCAUAUGGGAAGUUAUCACAAAGAAUAAAACAGCAAGGACAAUUAUUCUGUCUACACAUCACUUGGAUGAAGCUGAAGUGCUCAGUGACCGAAUUGCCUUCUUGGACCAUGGAGGUCUCAGGUGCUGUGGGUCACCCUUUUACCUCAAGGAAGCCUUUGGUGAUGGCUACCAUCUCAUUCUCACUAAGAAAAAGAGUCCCAAUCUACACUCAAAUAAAAUAUGUAACACAUUGGCAGUGACCUCUAUGAUCCAAUCGCACCUUCCUGAAGCUUAUCUCAAGGAGGAUAUUGGUGGAGAACUUGUCUAUGUACUGCCUCCAUUCAACACCAAAGUUUCCGGAGCCUAUCUCUCUCUCCUAAGAGCUCUUGACAGUGGCAUGAGUGACCUUAACAUUGGCUGCUAUGGCAUUUCCGACACUACUGUGGAAGAGGUGUUUUUGAAACUGACAAAAGAUACACAGAAAGAUGGAGAGAUGGGUGCAGAACAGUUCACAACAAAAAAAACUGGAGUCACUAAAACAAAUGGCAUGAUGACUCCUGAUGACCUUUCUAUGAGCAGCAGCAGCAUCACCACUGAAAGAGAUGACAAAGUCUUGACAAGAGCAGAGAGGCUAGACGGAGUAGGGCUUUUGCUGAAGAAAAUAAUGGCUAUUCUCAUUAAGAGGUUCCACCACACCCGCCGAAACUGGAAAGGUCUCAUUGCUCAGAUUAUCCUCCCAGUUGUCUUUGUAACGACAGCCAUGGGUCUUGGUACAUUGAGAAAUGUUGGCACCGUCUAUCCUGAGGUACAGCUUUCUCCAUCUCUUUAUGGCACCUCUGAGCAGACCGCAUUCUAUGGGAACUCUCAUCCAAGCACAGAACCAUUAGUCUCUGCAAUGAUGACUUUCCCUGGAAUAGACACCAUAUGUUUGAAUGCCAGUGAUACAAGAUGUUUAAAGAAAGGCACUUUGGGCCAAUGGAAUACCAGUGGAGAACCCAUCAAUAACUUUGGUGUUUGCUCCUGCUCAGAAAAUAUCCAGGAAUGUCCCAAGUUUAACUACUCUCCACCUCACAGAAGAACGUAUUCUUCCCAAGUCCUUUAUAACCUCAGUGGGCAGCACAUAGAAAAUUACCUCAUCUCAACAGCUAAUGACUUUGUUCAAAAAAGGUAUGGAGGGUGGAGUUUUGGAUUGCCUCUGACCAAGGACCUUCGUUUUGAUAUAACAACCAUUCCUGAAAACAGAACACUUGCCAAGGUGUGGUAUGACCCUGAAGGUUAUCACUCCCUGCCUGCUUACCUCAAUAGCUUCAACAAUUUCCUCCUUCGAAUAAACAUGUCAGACCAUGAUGCUGCCAGACAUGGUAUUAUCAUGUAUAGCCACCCAUAUCCAGGGGUACAAGAUCAAGAACAAGCCACGAUUAGCAGCUUAAUCGAUAUUUUAGUGGCUCUCUCCAUCCUGAUGGGGUAUUCUGUCACCACAGCAAGCUUUGUGACCUAUAUUGUAAGGGAACAUCAGACCAAAGCUAAACAACUCCAGCACAUCUCAGGCAUAGGUGUGACAUGCUACUGGAUCACAAAUUUCAUUUAUGACAUGGUUUUCUAUUUGGUGCCUGUUGCAAUGUCAAUUGGAGUUAUUGCUGCUUUCAAGUUACCUGCUUUUUCUUGUGAAGACAAUUUAGGAGCAGUAUCUCUCCUCCUUUUGCUCUUUGGGUAUGCAUCAUUUUCUUGGAUGUACUUGUUGGCUGGGCUUUUUCAUGAGACAGGAAUGGCCUUCAUCACUUACGUUUGCAUCAACUUGUUCUUUGGCAUCAAUUCAAUCGUUUCACUCUCGGUGGUAUAUUUCCUUUCCAAGGAAAAGCCUAAUGAUCCGACUUUAGAACUUAUAUCUGAAACCCUUAAACGGAUCUUCCUGAUUUUCCCACAAUUCUGUUUUGGCUAUGGUUUGAUUGAACUCUCUCAACAACAAUCUGUCUUAGACUUCUUAAAAGCAUAUGGAGUGGAAUAUCCCAGCGAAACCUUUGAGAUGAAUAAAUUAGGUGCAAUGUUUGUAGCCUUGGUUGUUCAAGGCACUAUGUUUUUUUUGUUACGACUCCUAAUCAAUGAAUGGCUAAUUAAAAAAAUCAGAAUCUUACUCAGAGAAAUGAAUUCUUCAUCUAUGCUAGAGAAUAUAGAUGAAGAUGAAGAUGUUCGUGCAGAAAGGAUAAGGGUGGAGUCUGGUGGAGCCGAAUUUGACUUGGUACAACUCCAACGUCUCACAAAAACCUAUCAACUUAUCCACAAAAAGAUUGUAGCAGUAAACAAUAUAAGCAUUGGCAUACCUGCUGGAGAGUGCUUUGGCCUCCUGGGAGUGAAUGGAGCAGGGAAGACCACUAUCUUCAAAAUGUUGACGGGGGACAUCAUUGCAACAAGUGGAAAAAUCCUGAUUAGAAAUCAAACUGGAUCCCUGGAUCGAGCUGAUACCCACUAUUCAUCGAUUGGCUAUUGCCCACAGGAAGAUGCCUUAGAUGAUUUGGUGACUGUGGAAGAGCACCUCUACUUUUAUGCCAGAAUACAUGGAAUUCCCGAGAAAGACAUUAAGGAAAUUGUUCAUAAACUUCUUUGGAGGCUUCAGCUGAUGCCCUACAAAGAAAAAGUCACAUCUAUGUGCAGUUAUGGUACCAAAAGGAAAUUAUCAACUGCAAUAGCCUUGAUUGGGAAGCCAUCAAUUCUACUGCUGGAUGAGCCAAGCUCUGGAAUGGAUCCUAAAUCUAAGCGACAUCUCUGGAAGAUCAUUUCAGAAGAAGUACAAAACAAGUGCUCAGUGAUACUUACAUCUCACAGCAUGGAAGAAUGUGAAGCUCUCUGUACCAGACUGGCCAUUAUGGUGAAUGGAAGGUUCCAAUGCAUUGGUUCUUUACAGCACAUAAAAAGCAGGUUUGGAAGAGGCUUUACUGUAAAGGUGCAUUUUAAGAAUAGUAAGGCAAAUAUGGAUGCUUUGACACAGUUCAUGCAACUACACUUCCCAAAAACUUACCUAAAGGACCAGCAUCUUAGUAUGCUGGAGUACCAUGUGCCAGUCACAGCAGGAGGAGUAGCAAAUAUAUUUGACCUGCUAGAAACAAACAAGACGGCCUUAAAUAUCACCAACUUUUUAGUGAGUCAGACAACUCUAGAAGAGGUUUUCAUUGACUUUGCCAAAGACCAAAAAGCUCACGUGAAUUUGGAAACGAGCAGCCAAGGCUCCAGCAUCAGUGGAGAUUCUCAGGAUGAGCACCCCGAGUCUUAGUACUGGACAGUUCAGCGCUACCUGCUCAUUGCCAAUGCAUUCGUGAUGAGAAGGAGCCAUUGGAGACACCAUUUCUUCGUUGUAUCUUAGUUUUGAACUAUUCUGUGGCAUGAAACCUUAGAAUUGCAUAAGACUAGGAAGGUAAUUGAACUAUGGAGUCUGAGGAGCCCCAUGCACUGUCACUAUUGAAAUGAAUUUUUGCACGCAGGCCACUCAGAAAGGGAAUAAUGUGUUUGCUGUGAGGUUUCUCAAACAAAAUGCAAAGCUGCUUGAGGGUGAAGUAUGUCUUCCCUUAUUCCCUUAUUCUUUUAAAUGUUUAAAAUCAAGCAUAAGAGAUGUAGUUACUAAGAGCACAAAAAAUCAAGGUGAAGAAAAGAACUUGAGAUAAUGGGAGAUAUUGGAGUGUCUUACAGAGACCUCAAAUAUAUUUCAUCUGAGAAAACAACAGGAUGAGCAUCUUCUCCAAAAGAAUGAACCCAAUGUAAUCCAUACUGAGUGAGGAUCAGAUUCAUAUCAAUACUAAACUGUGGCCACAAAAUGGAUGUGUGACACUGUACCCUGAUAGUCCCUGGACCUGUUCAUAAAUGGGGAUGCAUUGCCUCCCCACCCUCAAAAAACACAUUUCUUCAAGAAUGGAGUAUAGGAAAACAGAUUACCCUGGUGGUAAAGAGAAUAUAUGCCCAUUUCUGACCUGUCCUCCCUGCCAAUGAGGAAGCUUAAGACCAAAAAAAAAAAAAUGCCAUUUCAGGAAAAAGAGGGAUGUGUCAACCAGGCAGAUACUAAGCCUGGAAACUGGGAAAGAAUUCAUGUGCUGCAGGCAGGCAGUUUUCUUCAGCAAUUGAUAGAGCCAUUUGGCACACCUCUGACCACAGAGCAACUUUGGAGAGAGGAGGGAACAUUCAAAGGUUAUUUUCAGCCAAAAUGCACAAGCUGAAUCGGAUUACACAGGUGGCUGUGGGACAGGAUCCUUGAUAAUGUCUAUUGUUAGGGUCCCCUAUUAGGGUGUUUUCUAUAUAUGAAUUGCCCAGUGUAACAUUUUGUAUAUAUACAAGGAUGCCAGUGUUGGCACAAUUGUUUCAUUGUUGAAAAUCAAUAAAUGUUAGGUUGAAGAAAACC